CUGCAUCUGGUAUCCUCAUCUCCACUGCGAGCUGAAACAUCAUGUCUCACCACUCCAUCCUUGGAAAUUCUGGACAUAAGCACUUUAGCUCCUGUUCAGUAGCUUUACCUAAACAUGGGAGCUCACACCACACUUUUUCACACUCAAAGGCUGCAUCUCAUGGUCACAAAGCAUUGCACUGCUUUAGCAGCCAAAGUGCCCAAGGCAUGAGUUCCAAGGGACACAAGAUCUCAUUUGGAAGUUUCCAUUCUGGAAAAAGUGGACAUGGAUCUGGACAUGGAUCUGGACAUGGAUCUGGACAUGGUUUUGGAGGAAUUGGCAAUGGAUUUGGGGGAGCUAGCAUCACUUCAGUUACUGUAAACCAAGGUCUGCUGGCCCCUCUUAACUUGGAGAUUGAUCCAAGCAUCCAACGAGUGAGGACUGAGGAGAAGAAUCAAAUUAGGGGAUUGAAUGACAAAUUUGCUUCCUUCAUAGACAAGGUGAGAUAUUUGGAACAACAGAAUAAGAUGCUGGAGACUAAAUGGGGUUUUCUACAAGAACAAAAAAGUUCUCGGAUUCAGAUAGAACCAUUGUUUGAGGCUUUUAUCAGUAACCUCAGGAGACAGCUGGAGAGCCUGGGUUGUGAGAGAGAACGUCUAGAAGGAGAACGGAACAGUAUGGAGCAAAAUGUUGAAGAACUAAGGAGAAAGUAUGAAGAAGAAGUGAACAGACGAACAACUGCAGAGAAUGAGUUUGUUGUUCUAAAGAGGGAUGUAGAUGCAGCUUUUAUGAAUAAAGCCGAGUUACAAGCAAAGGCUGAUUCUCUGAAUGAUGAGAUCAACUUCCUGAGGACCCUCUUCGAUGCAGAAAUAGCCCAGCUCCAGGCUCAGAUCUCAGAUACUUCAGUGGUUGUGUCCAUGGAUAACAGUCGGGAUCUGGACCUGGAUGGAAUCAUUGCUGAGGUCAGAUCUCAAUAUGAGGACAUUGCUAACAGGAGCAGAGCUGAAGCUGAAGCCAUGUACCAGUCACGGUUUGAGGAGCUUCGUACAGCUGCAGGAAGAAAUGGGAAUGAUCUGCAGAGCAGCAAAGAUGAGAUCUGUGAGCUAAACCGAGCAAUUCAGAGACUGAAAGGAGAGAUAGACAGCGUCAAAGCUCAGCGUGCUGCCCUUGAAGGAGCUAUAACUGAAGCUGAAGAACGUGGAGAAGCUGCUGUUAGAGACGCCAAGAACAAGCUUUCUGAGCUGGAAGGUGCUCUGCAGAAGGCCAAGCAGGACAUGGCUCGCCAACUGCGAGAAUACCAGGAGCUGAUGAAUGUGAAAUUGGCUCUGGAUAUUGAGAUUGCCACCUACAGGAAGAUGCUGGAAGGAGAAGAAUUCAGACUGGCUUCUGAUGGACAUGUUAACAUAUCUGUGCUACACUCCAGCACUGGAGGGAAACAUAGCUCAGGUGGAACAUCUCACGGUGGAAGUAGUCAUCAUAACAAGGGAGGAUUCAGCUCAAGUAGUCACCAUGUGUCCAAAAGCAAACACAUCUCUAGCCAUGGACACCACUGCUAAAGUCAAAAUGUAGAUUGUAGUAAAAGCUCUGAGUAUACUAAGUUUUAUUCCAUUUCUGCUGAAGAGUUGCAUAUUUUGUUAUCUUAUAUGCUUAUAUGUAACACACCACAAUGUUAUUCUCACAAUUCUGCUUAAUUUUAGACUUCUGCUCUCUCUGAUAUCUGAUUUUCUUGCAUGUUGAGUUUGUGACAGCUUUUCAAUAAAUUACUGCACACAA